UAAAGGGGCGGAGGCAUGGGCGGAGCGGACCCCUCAGUUAUUGGGUGAGUGGCAGUGCUUGGCUGAGGAAAAGCGACAGGGACGGGUUGAAAGUUUGAGUAGACAGGCUGGUGACUGUUAGAACUGUCGGGCGCGAUUACCUCGAAGUGACCGCUGCCAGUUCUGGGAAAGUGUGGGAAAAUGCUUGUGGUUUGACUGGAAGUCAAAUGCCGCAGCUGGGGGGCUUAUCAUAUCCGUGGCAGGAGAUUGGUGGGAAGUUUUUAGGGUAUCCCUUUUUGCCUAGGGGGGCAGAUAAAUUGCUUGUGGUGCCAAGGGGAUCAGUUGUUCCGUUGAUUCGAGAGGUGUCGGGAAACUUAGAGGAGGCCCAGUGGGGGAAUGGCUUGGGGUCUCUGGGGGAGCACGUUCCCAGCAAUGUACCAAGGAACUCCCGAAAGGAACAGACCCUGAAGGUUUAGAGGGGCCAUGCGCACAGGUGUUGUUACGGAUGGAUGGAAGUCAAGUUAAAGCCAUCCUCGGCACCGGGGCGCCGGUUAAGUUGCUGUACAGUUUGUUUCAUAACCGUUAUUGGAAGCAUUUACCCUUGACAACAUUGAGGACACUGGAGAUUUGGAGUACCAGUGCCGGUGAUUAUCCAGACGACGGUUGUUGGUCAGUGAAAAUGGAGUUCUUAGAGGCAAAUGUGGAGGAGACUGAGGUUCAUGAAUCGUUAAUGCUGAUGUGUCCGGACCCUGUUGAGACGGGCAGCGUUUCUGUUCUAGAGAGAACCAAUAUCCUGCUGGUGCGCUUGGGAGCCUGCCCGGAGGAGGCGGGUGAGCGCUGUUUGGAGGCAUUGUCGAUGCACCCAGAGUUUCGAGCUGCUUGUGCGGACGUGUGUAGCAGCAUUGGGCUGAUACCGAAUUCAAACAAGAGCCAGUGGUGGUACGGCCUGGGGGAAGUAUCUGAGGGUGAGACCCUCUUCGUGGACGCUGCGAAAUACCACAAGGGAGGGGAGUUGACUGCUGAAGACACCUCGGAGAGAGAGAGGUUGCGGCGACUGGCCCCUACAGCCGUGGAAGAUGUAGGCAGCGUGUGUAUGGAUUAUAUUGCGUUGAAGAGGCGCACUGUCAGUGACCAGAAUAUGGCCCUGAGGGCCAGAGAGGCGAUGGCCUGUCUGAGUGGUGUGAAGUGGUUUAAGGUGCUGGAUCUGAGGAGUGGAUGUUGCCAGAUCCCGAUGAGUGGGGCCGACAAGGAGAAGACGGCCGUUAUAAAUUCCCUAGGAGUCUUCGGGUCCGAAAAGAUGCCACAGGGCAUAUCUGGAGCCCUUGCAACCUUCCUGCGGGGCAGGUGGAAGACUAUAGGGGAUGUGGAGGCAUUUGGAGUUUUGGUGUAUGUGGAUGAUCUCUUGGUAUUUGGAUUUGCCUCAGGAGAAUAUGAAGUGAGGUCGUUGCAGGAGCAGCUGAGAACUACCGAGUUAAAGUGUUUUCGGGACACGUGCCAGGGCUGGCGAAGGUCGCAGCUCGUGAGAGACUGUCUCUACGGAAUCAAGUUUGAUAUGAAGACGGAGAGACUGGAGAAAGUGAUCUGGAACCAUUCGGAAGACUUACAAGUUGGAGAGAAUGUUGUCUGACUGAGGGUAAUAGCAAACUGAGAACCCGGAGAGGGGAGUUUGCGGAGGUGAAGAAAUUACAGACGAAUCUCAGCAGAGAGAAGCGGAAGCUUGAAGGGAACCUGAAGAUGACCAUUGACAGUUCAAAUGAAGUGCAAAACCUGAAAGUUGAUCUGGAAGAAGUCAUGAGGAAGAAAAAGCUGGAGAGAAGUGCAGUGAAUACUGAACAGGAGACUGAAGAGACUGCGGGAGCAGUGCAGGCCACGUGUUUCCGUUUGGAGAAGAUCAAACAGCAGCUACCGAUCACAGGAAUGAGGAAGAAUACAGAUUCGAUGGAUGAUGUGCUGGAUGUGUGCAAUGAACCCAUCUCUGGGACCUUAGAUCCAGAGCAUGUGUGGAGCUCAGAUGAAUUGCUGCAGUCUAGAGGGCCGGUCAGAGAUCUCGACCUUCAGGAAGAGGUGUGUUUAGCUUCGACUGGUGUGCCCGGUACCAGAGGAGGGAGCUAUCAGCCUCUCUCAAGAAGACAAGAUGCUGCCUGGCCUGCUGAGUUCCUCCAGCAUUUUGUGUGUGUUACUCGGAUUUCCAGCAUCUGCAGAUUUACUCUCGUUGUAAUUUUUGGUGGUUUGCUAUGAAACAGCAAUGUGGCCAAAAUAUGCAAUAGAUGUCCAUGAUCCUAUGUCAAACCAGCAACAGAACAGCCACAAUGGAGGUAACACAAUAACAGAAUGACAAAACAAACUGAUGAGGGUAGAGCAGUGGAUGUGGACGCGGUCGUGCGUGGUGAGGACGCGCUCACUCCCUCCUGAGUGCGGCAGGAUUCAGACCUCGAUCUAACAAGUGGCUGCUGUAAAGUAUCGUGAUGUAUGUAUGACAAAUAAAGCUGAUCUUUAACCUUCAUCACAUCUUUCCUCUUUCGUUGUGGCCAGAACUGUACACAGUACUCCAAAUGUGACCUAACCAGUGGCAUGUACAACUGUAAGUUCAACUUUAAUUGACCUUCAACCAUCCAGCCAGAUGAAUGUGCUCUCCUCUGGGGCCAAGCUGCAAGACACAGUACCAGCAGUCACACACAGCACAAGGCACAUAUAGUUCAUAUAAUUAGACUGCAGAACAUCAUACAGUCAGUUUAAUUGUCUUUUCUUUCUUUUCUUUUUCCAAUAUUUUUAUCAAAUUUCAUAUACACAAGUACAGAGUUCAUAAGGAUACUUAUUAUAAAUCAGAAUAAGAUAGCACAAAAUGCACUAUAUAUAAAUCACACUGAUACAUUCACAGUAGUCCAUAUUGAUGAUCAAUCAAAUGAAAUGAAUUGAAUGAUGAAAUACACGAAAAUGGUUAUUUAUAUUAUUAAAAAAAUCUACAUGCCCUACCAAGACCAAACUGGUUGGGAAAAAAACAAGAGAAAAAGAAAAGAGUACUUUACCAUAUAGUGUUUUAUAAUAAUAGCCCAGAUCUAUAUGUACAAUGUCCUGUGUAUGUUACUCAAAAUGGAUUUUUUGGUUUGUUAAGAGUAGGAAUGCUUCUUUGUCUGAUAAGUGUUUCUCUCACAGUUGUUUUGCUUUAUACUUGUUGAUAUGGCAAUUGUAUUCAUUUGUUAACCAAUGGGGAAUAUUAUUUUGUCUUGUGAGGCUGGGAACUUGGGGGAGGGGUUUUUCGUGGGCUUUUGGUAGAGAGCCGGGAGGAAGAUGUCGAGGAAGGUGGACGUGCGCUGCACUGCUCGGAAGACCACCGGGCGUGGUCCUAGGUGCGAAGACGUGGAGGUCGGAGGCAAGCGACGAGGGGUCGAAUGGUUCGAUGUUUGAGCUCCAAUGAUGUGCACUAAACUGACUGAACUUUGAUAAGUUGGCGCCUUUUUGUUUUUUUCCCUUGCAUAUAUAUUGUAUUGCCUAAUACUCUUUUAAUUUUAGUAAACUCUUUAAAGUGUAUUUCAUGAUGGUAUUUGUUAUGGGUUUGAUACUGUGGCCGGGCGCGAGGCAUAAACUCGAUUCUCACAGCACCUGCAUGUACGGGAGGUGGGAUUGGUGUGUGGCUGGAUCUCCUUUUCCCCUGGACAUAUACCAGCCUGUUGGGUAAGUGUUACAUAUAUUUUAAUAACAAUUCAAAGACUUUUGAAAUAGUUCAGAAAGCGUCCCCAUAACGUUUGAAAAUCUUGGUUAGAAUCAGAAAUCGAACAAUGAAUCUUCUCUCGAUUUAAACAUGACACAACAUCACAUAACCAUUGAGCAUGUGUGGGGGGAGGAACCUCCUUCCAUUUAAGCAAGAUCGCCCUGGUUUAAUUGUCGUUCAACCAUGCAUGAAUACAUCCGAGUGAAACAGUGUUCUCCAGGGCAACAGGCACACACAGCAACACAUAGCACACAAGGCAUACAGUCACACAGAAAAAGUAUAAUCCAGCCCGAGUCCCCGAGUGAUUGGUUGGUCCUGUAAAUUGACGGGGUAUGGGUGUUGUCAGCACGAACAAGCAGUUCUCAGCGGUCCACAGAGAAUCCACACUCACAGUGAAGGACAACGCCGACGGUCCAGGUCCCCGGUCCCUGAGUGUCAUUGAUGGUGCAUGGGAUGUUAUCCUGGAUCUAUGUUUUUGCAAGAAUAAGCAUACAGCGUUUCUCAUUGUGCGCCAGCGCAGCCGCCGACAGAUGUAAUCAGGCUCAUCUUCCACUGAACGAACACUAGCGAGCAGCCCCGGUGGGAGGGGCAAGGCCCCAACCUAGCUAGGACUUGCGUCCUCGCCCCUCGGAGGCUGCAACAGGUGAUGAGGUCCUACUCCGCACAACAACCGAGGCCACGCAGCUCCCUUGCCAUUGGUCUCGCCAGUGAACCGGACUUGCAGUAUUCUACAUUACAGAUGUCCAAGUGGGCCUUGCAAUCGCAAAAUUAAUGUGCAAGGCAAUCACCUGGAACAUUUGCUUUAUCCCGCACCGCCUCUGAUGCAAACGGCAACACAGCGCACCACAAGUCCAGCUCCGCUGCUAUCGAGCAACUCGUUAGUGGGGUAGAUCAGUGGUACUUGACGUUCUUAAUAUCAAUAAUCUUAAAAAUAGGUAAAGGAACAAACAAUUACACCUUUGGUUGGACCCAGGGAGACUGCUGCAACCAAGUACGUUGCCGCGUUACCAGAAUCUUACCGGCAGCUGUAACGUAAUGUUCCAACCCCUACACUGAAUCUAACUGUGGCACCGAUUUCAGAGAAGUAUGAACUUGUGCCCCAAGACCUCACUACUCUCACUCUCCAGGGACCUGCCAAUCACUCUGCAAAUGCCGGCUGGGUAAAACGUCCCAAAAUUUAUCACUUGGCACUUGUCUCAGUUAAAUUCCGCCAGCCAACCAUGCACAGGAAAUUUAGACCAGAAGACCGUAAGACAUAGGUGCAGAAUUAAGCCAUUUGGCCCAUCCUUUUUUCCUCUCCUCAACCCCACUCCCUGACCUUCUCUCUGUAACCUUUGAUACUGUGUCCAAUCAAGAACCUAUCGAGCUCUGACUUGACCUGGCCUCCACAGCUGCCUGUGGUAACAAAUUCCACAAAUUCACCACCACCUGGCUAAAGAGAUUUCUCUGCAUCGCUGUUUUAAAUGGAUGCCCCCCCCCCCAUCCCGAGGCUGUGCCCUCUUGUCCUAGGCUCCCCCACCAUGGGAAACAUCCUUUUCACAUCUACUCUGCUUAGACUUUUCAAAAUUCAAAAGGUUUCAAUGAGAUCCCCCAUCAUUCUCCUGAAUUCCAGUGAGUACAGGCCCUGGACUAUCAAAUGUCCCUCAUAUGAUCAUUUCCGGAAUCAUCCUUGUGAACCUCCUCUGAACCCUCACCUAUGCCAGCACAUCUUUUCUUAGAUGAGGAGCCCAAAACUGUUCACAAUACUCAAGGUGAGGCCUCAACAGUUCCUCAGAAAGCCUCAGCAUCACAUCACAACUCUCGUAUUCUAGACCUCUUGAAAUGAAUGCUAACAUUGCAUUUGCCUUCCUCACCACCGACUCAACCUGCAAGUUAACCUUUGGAGUGUUCUGCACAAGGACUCCCAAGUCCCUUUGCAUCUCAGAUUUUUGGAUUUUCUUCUCAUUUAGAAAAUAGCUUGCACAUUUAUUUCUACUACCAAAGUGCAUGACCAUCCUGGAUUGGAGACCAUGUCUUAUGAGGAUAGGUUGAGCAAGCAAGGGCUUUUUUCUUUGGAGCAAAGGAAUUUUAGAAGUGACUAGAUAGAGGUGUACAAGAUGAUGAGAGACAUACAUAGGGCAGGAAUGGCAAAUGCCAGGGUACAUAGUUUUAUGGUGAUUGUAGGAAAGUAUAGUGGGGGGAAUGUCAGAAGAAGGUCCUUUUAAAAGAAGUGGUGAGUAAUUAGGGGUAUAGAUAGGAUAAAUGCAAGCAGGCUUUUUCCACUGGGGUUGGGUGGGACUACAACUAGAGGUCAUGGGUGAAGGGUGAAAGGUGAAAAGUUUAAGGGGAACAUGAAGGAAAACUUCUUCACUCAGAGGGUCAUGUGAGUGCCAGCACAAGUGGUGCAUGUGAGCUCAAUUUCAACGUUUAAGAGAAAUUUGGAUAGGUACAUGGAUGGUGGGGGUUAUGGAGGGCUGUGGUCACAGUGCAGAGCAUGGGAGUAGGCAGAACAACAGUUUGGCACAGACUAGAUGAGAUGAAGGGCAUGGUUAUGUGCUAUACUCCUCUAUGACUUUAUGACUCCAAAAUGUUCCCCUCAAUUUCCUAUUAAAACUCUUCCCUUAGACCUGUGUCCUCUAGUUUUUGAUUCCCCAACGCUGGGAAUAAAGACAGUGUGCAUUGAACAGAUUAAACACUGAACAAAUAUAAGAACAAAUUAUGUACACGAUGCUGAAUAUUAUUUGUAAUGUUUAUUCAUUAUUAUAAAACAAUAAAUACAAUAGAGCAAUUAUAAAGUGAUUAUAAAGUGUUGGAGGCUUUAAAGGAAUUAUUUGUGAGCAUCUCCUGUCGACGUUGCUUGUACCUGCCGCAAGAUUAUUCUGUUCCAAAGUUAUGGCUUGAAACAUUGACAAUUCCUCCCCCCCCCCCCCAACAGCCUGACCUGCCAAGUUCCUCUUGGUGCUCCAGAUUCCUGCAUCU